AUGCCAGAUUAUAUUGGAUCACCUGGGGGUGACCAUGCAGACUUCAACCAGUCUUCGAAUGCCAUCCAGGACAAGCUCGGAGGCACCGGCAAUAUCGUUAACAUCACCGCCGCCGAGAUCGCCGUCAUCGUUAUCACAGUCACCCUGGUCUUGUUGGCUCUAGUUGGUGUCUUCUACUGUCGAAUCUUGCAAGCUCGUCGGGAUCUCGAUAUAGAAAACAAGGCGAAGGAGCGGGCUGCGGGCCCCGCGCUGGGCGAUGCCAUAGAACUGGUACACACCAAGAGAGCAUCCGGGAGCUCUUGCGAUACGAUAUCGAUCAAGAAUAGAGACGAGAUUGGCGAGCCCAGCUCGAGCAAGGGUAAAACGCCGGCCGCCAUGGAAUCGAACCAAGAACCAAAACUGCCUCUUCGACACUAUAUCCAUUGGAAGAACCCAGAUCCGAAGGGACAAACUAAGCAACAAGAAGAAUUCCCGCUCCUGAAUAAGCUGGAUAUGGGCCGACGAUAUUCGAAGGGGCAAAUGUUGGUUGCCCAGUGGCUGUUGUUGGAGAGAUGA